CUGCUGUGCUCUUCCCUUCUUCUCUCCGCUUUGACGUCAACCUCCACCCGCUCCACCCCCCUCGGUUUAUCUCCUUUCUGAGGUGCCCUCAGCUGUAUUUUAGGACCUUAGCCUAAACUGAAUCAACCCGGGAGAAGAAAACACUCGAAAUUUAGAAACCCUCGACACCAAUGUGGUAAACCGUAGGCCAAUCACCACCAUGACCCUCCAAACACGGGAACGGUGAAAAUUCAAGCGGUUGGCCAGCUGGAAAUCCCCCCAAGUUUGAUCGGGUUCAUCGCCACAGCAGCACCAUGUCAUUUGCCAAGCCCCGGUUAACGCCCAAAUUGGGGCGCCGGAAUACGGAUCCCAGCCCCAGGGGGGUCGCCCCCUCGGUUUCCCUAGCGACUAAAGCCGCUCCGCCCUCAUCUCAGCUCGCGCGCAAUAGCAGUAACCACGUGCCGAAUGGACGGUCUCAAGGGUAUACCACGCCCUCGUCCACGCCCGCCGUCCGCGCCACCCGUCCGGCGACCACGGGUCCACCCCCCUCUAAACCACCCAUGGUCCUAAACGGACUUAAAUCGCGCCGCCCGCCCGUCGCCACCACCGUUCAUGUCUCGACCUCGAGCACCCAGAGGACGCCUCCCGGUGUUUCCAGCAGUGACACGCACUCAUCGCUCACCCUGUUGGCCUUGAACGGCGAAUAUUUACAGUCCGAGUGGAUGCUGGCCGUCGCCCGUGAUAACGCCUGUCAAAUCCGACACGCCUGGGACAAAGAGUAUGUUCAAAUUCGAACGGCCUUGAGCGAGGCCUUGUCCGAAAAGAUCCGACAAGAAAUCGAACUGGACCGCUGGCAAUACCUGACCCUGUUCGCCUCCACCAAGGCUGUCGAGAAUGAGAUUCGCGCCCGAUUGGUGACCGUGUUGCCGGAGACCGCUCAGAAAUUGCACCUCGCGGCUCGAGCCCUAGAACGAGCUCAGACUUACUUAACCAUUGAGGGCGUGUCGGGUACGAAGCCUGAGGAUUUUACUCACCUCAAAGUCCAGAUCGAGUCCCGACAAGCGGCUUUUUCCGAGAUAGCUCGUCACCUUCAAGACGAUAACUCGCGUGAAAUGGCCGUCCUCUGUCAAGAGGUUCUCGCCAAUCUGCAUGCCGUUCGGAGUUCCCAGGGCGAUGUUCACAAACUCGUGCACGAAUUGGAUCAACUUUCUACGCGGGAGGCCUCCCUGCAGAUCAGUCAGGCAGAUGCCAAGAAUGAGAAUCCGGAUACUAUCUCAGACGAGCUCGAGCUCGAGCUCGUCCUGCCACCCAGAAUUCCCCCACCUAAGCUUAUUGAUUUCUAAUUUCCCGCUUAAAAAUAAACAUGCACAUCGAUGCACAUCGUUAUUAUCCAUCACUUCGUUGGCGGGCUUCAAUUUCAAAUUCAUAGUAUAUUGUUAUAAAGUUUGGAAAUGAAGUUUAAGGGUUGUAUAUAUCGGGUUAGGUUAGAUUAGGUUAGCUUUAGGUUAAGUUUAAAAAAGUCGUACCGCCAACUUACUGGUGGAGAAUAACGUUGAUCUGAGCAGGAGGAUGUGCAUUGAUGUGCAUGUUUACUUUUCAGCGGGAAAUUUGAAGUUAGCCUAAUUUACCCUCCUGCUCCAUGCUUACGCUCGUGUUUCAUGUCGAACAGCAAAAUGUCCCUACUCUAUGAACGAGCGAGAACACGAGCCGUUUCCUAUCCUUCAAAUCCCCAAUUUGACGACUGUUCAAUAGUCUGGCUUGACGGGUCAUUAUGGUGACCAUCGGACCUUUCAACCCCGUCGACUUGUUCCAGGCCAAUGCGGCCCUACUCAGUAGUUCGUUCAGAGAUCGCGAGAUGGGCUUCUUCCUCGACUCCAUGGCCAAACGGCCCCAUUUCAGUCUAAAAGCCACCACCUUGGAUGGUUGCCUGAUUGCCUUCUUAUUGGGCUAUACGGCCCCGCCCGAAGAUCCGCCCCAUGUGAUCCAGUACGAGAUCAACCAGCCCUCUGUGUUCGACGACGAGAACGUGACUCAAAUGUGGGGUUUGCUCAUGGAUUGUGGGCGUUACCAGUACACGCACACAGAGGACUGCUUGCUUUUGUGGUGGCGUGCAUGUCCUUGGUGAAACGGAAUCUGAUCUUGGAGUUUUAUUUGGACGUGCGUGAUGCCCACAUGGCCUUCAUGUGGAAAGGACAGGGGUUUAUUCAGAACAAGGACUUGCAUGAGGGGAAGUACAUCAAGUUCACCAAGUAUUUGUCCCAAUUGAAGAACGUGUUGCCCGAGUCCUAUUACAAGAAGAAGACCAAAGCCAUCACCUAUCUGUGAUAGAGUCCAGACACUCUGGCCCUGGUUUUCCUACUUUACCAGUCUAAAUAAAGCGACGCAAAAUCCAGCCUUUUGGAUUACAUCGAAA